GCCUGGCCUAGAAGGGCAGACAGAUAAUGGGGCCUUCCAGCCCCUGGCCCCAGAGAGGGAGGGGCUUCCUGACAGGAAAUUGUCCUCCUCCAACCCCCCCCCCCAGAUCCAAGCUCUCAGCAGUCCUGGCCCAAGUAGUCUGGGGACUGGACAGCAAGAGGGGACAGAAGGACAGGCACAGACAGAAGGUGCCAGCCUGUCAAAAAUGCCAAUCCUGAAGAGCCUGGGGGUGGGAGACCCUAAGGUGCCGCGAGCAGGGACUCUGCCCCUGCGAUCCUCUCGAAACCCCUUUGAAGACACUCCAACGCUGGAAGAAGAGGAUGGGGAGCUAGGGACACUGCCCAAUGGGACAUCGUGCCGCCGGCGGGCCACGCUGGAGAAGCUGGCUGGGCUGGCCCCCUUCCGGCUGGGCUGGACCCCGGGCAGGCGGGCAGGCAGCCCCGGGGACGGGCAAGUCCGCUCUUUCUUGGGCCGUGUGCUGGGACCGGGGAUACGGAGGAGCUCAGCAGAUUUCGGCCUCCUAAACCGGCUUCAGGGGUUCCGAAGCCAUGGCGACGAGGAGCCAGCUGGGGAAGCCGCUCGAAGACUGGCUUUCCUGAGACUCGGGCGUGGGCCCAAGCCCCGGCGGGCAUCCCUGGCGGAGAGGCUGGUACCUGCAGGCGAGGCAGCCCCUGAGCCCCCACCCAAAGUCCCGGAGCCUCCCAAAAUAAAGGAACCACUAUCGGUGCUGGAGAUCCUGGGCCUGAUCCAGAGGCGCGAGCUGGCGCGAGCGGACGAGCACAUCCUGGAGCUGGAGGCGGAGGCGCCGGCGGCGGAGACCGAGGCGGGCGCGGGGCGGCGCGCGCGGGACGUGGCGCUGCUGUACGAGGCGCUGCAGCGCGAGCUCUGGGCGCUGGUGCGCGAGGCGCUGGCCGCCCCGGGGCCCGGCACAGGCGCGGUGGCGCAGCUGGGUCUCGUGCUGCUGCAGGAGGAGGCGGCGGACGCGCGCCGCGGCCCCGGGGCGGCCCGCAAGCUGCGCGCGCACUGGGCCGAGGCGGUGGCGCGCGCGGCGCGCGAACGGCUGGAAGAGGCGGCGGCGCCGGGCGCGCGCGGGGCGCUGGCCGGGCAGCUGGAGGCGCUGCGCGCGCGCCUGCUGGAGGACGUGGCCGCAGUGCGCGGUCGCCUGGCGCCCGCCUACCCUGCGGGGCUGCGCGCCGGGGCCGUCUACCUGCGCGGCUACCACGAGGCACUGGCCGAGUGGCUCGGGGCGGCCGCGCGCCGCAGGCUCCCGCUGGCGGAUCGCUACGCGCUGCUGCACUGGCACAAUCAUGUGUACCCCAGGGAGAUCCUGGGCCUGGUAGAUGUGGUUGCCUUGGAGAACCGGGAGCUGGGGCCCCUCCUGUCUGCCGGCACACUGCGGGGUCUGGAAGAUGAAUGUGUCACAGAUGUGAAGGCUCAGACCCGAGCAGCCCUUCUUCGAGUGUUGCAGGAAGAUGAGGAACAGUGGGGCAGCAUGGACUACCGACCCAGCAACCUGGCCCAGGAUGUUUGUGAGCUGCUAGAAGAGCACACAGAGCGAGCACCACACAUCAGUCAGGAGUUCGUGGAGAGAAUGGCCUACUGCUGCCUGGGAGGGCUGGCAGAGUUCCUGCAGAGCUUCCAGCAACGAGUGGAGCGAUUUCAUGAGAACCCAGGGAUCCGAGAGCUGCCCUCUGACACCUUCAUCAGCAGGACUAUCUCGAUGGUCAACUGCGGGCCCCCCCUGAGGUCUCUGGCUGAGCGCCUGGCCAGGGUGGGGCCCCCUGAAAGUGAACCGGCCCGGGAAGCUUCAGCCGUCGCUCUGGACCGUGUGACCCGACUCUGCCAUCGUGUCCUUGCUGAAUUGUUGUUCCAGGAACUACAGCCUCACUUCAACAAGCUGAUGCGCAGGAAGUGGCUGAGCAGUUCCGAAGCUCUGGAUGGCAUCGUGGGCACGCUCGGCGCCCAGGCCCUGGCCCUGCGCAGAAUGCAGGACGAACCGUACCAGGUUCUGGUGGCUGAGCUGCACCGGCGGGCUCUGGUGGAGUACGUGCGGCCACUGCUCCGCGGGCGCCUGCGCUGUCGCUCUGCGAGGACCCGCAGCCGCGUGGCCGGGAGGCUCCGCGAGGAUGCGGCGCAGCUGCAGAGGUUGUUUCGGCGGCUGGAGUCCCAGGCUUAUUGGCUGGACCAGGUGGUGCCACGCUUGGCCGAGAUCCUGCAGUUGGAGGACACUCCGAGCAUCCAGGUGGAGGUCGGGGUGCUGGUGCGGGACUACCCAGACAUCAGGCGGAAGCAUGUGGCAGCCCUCCUUGACGUCAGAGGUCUUCGAAACACAGCUGCCCGUCAGGAGAUCCUGGCGGUGGCUCGGGACCUGGAACUAUCUGAAGGUGGUGCCCUAUCACCGCCUCGGGACCGUGCCUUCUUUGCAGACAUCCCUGUGCCCCGCACAUCUUUCUGUCUCGGCUUCCCACUCUUCUUGGGACGCCUCCCAGUGUCCCGGCUGGCCAGGCCCAAUCUGGCUUGUCUGCCCCUGCGGCCUCGUCCUCCAUCACCAGUUAGAGCCCGAGCUGAUCGCUGAGGCGCCGGGUGCCCGUGUUGCUGCUGAUACACCCUCCUCCCUUCCAUGUGACUCCCUGCCUGAGACACUGACCUCUGGGAUAGAAAGCUCCUUAGAUAUUCCACCCAGCCCAGAGCAUCCCCUCCAGAAGGGAAACUGAGGCCAGAACGAGCGAAGAGUUCCCCAAGGCUGCCAGGGUCAUUCCCCACACCCUCCUCCUCCAUAUCCCAGAAUGGUGGAGAGCCUUCUGGAAGGCUCUACAGAAAUAUCCCAGCCCCACCUCCUUUCCCCUCACCUCAAGGUCUGGCCCCAAUCCAACUACUAAGGAAUGGUAGAUACUUAGAAUAAAGAGGUUUCUAUUUAACACUAGGAAGGGCUGAGUCCCAAGUGCAGGGGCGGGAAAACAGGGCCCAGGGCCAAGCUCUCUUUUGCACACACCCAAGGCCACCAGGGCUGGGGUCCAACUCCUAGGAAAGCCAUAAAUGACUAGAUACUGCUCAGCGGCCUGUUGAUACCGAGUCCUUGAGCUGUGGUUCUGAGGCCGGCACUUGUCCAUUCUGAGCCAGAUAACACUAUUUUAUCCACAGUGUCUGAUGUUGUUCUAGGUCUCCUGUUGCCACCUAGGCACUUCCCUCCCCACCCGUGCUUAGCGAGUGGGGGGAAACGUUGUCCAGAGAGGAAGGAGCUGGGGGGCUGGGCUAGCAGCAUCCAGGGCGCCCUCCUGGAUUGAUGCAGGAAAAUCUCAGGUUGGGAAAUUUUCCAGCCUCUCAAGCCGGAGCCCGGCCGGAUCCGAAUCCCCACAGAGUCCUUGAGGUCACCUCCCUGCUGACCUCUGCCCCUCCGGCCUCGGCUGGACAGCUUGUGAUGGAUGCUUCCUGGCCCGGGUUAUGUUUUAUUUUAUUUUUUCCUUAAGAAGUCAGAAAGAGGAGGCAGCCAGGGGUCAGCACAGGGGCCAGGGUUGGAACCUCACGCACGCCUGGACAUCGGCAACAACAUGGCAGCUCCAGGCUCUAGACUCUGAGCCUCUGGGCUGUGCGUCUGCAGAGGGGAAGGUGUCAGUCUCUGUGCUGUGCUUCCUGUCCCUGGGAAGAUGCUUCUCUUUGCCCAGACAAUGUCCCUCGCCCUUCCUUGACCUUCUGAAAGUGACACCUCAAUGUCACUGAUGAGCAGGAGAGGGCAACUGACUGCGUUUGUGGGCACUUGCACAAUUACACAUGUAUUUAAUCUCGA